AUGGUGCAAAGAACGAAGACAGAGGGCCCCUCACAGGCCGAGCAGCUGUUACGAGUCACCGCUGGUAUUGCGGCGGAGCUUAUCAAAGCGCACGAUGCGAACCAGACAGUUUCGCUCAACGAGCUUCGGGCAAAGAUGAGCAAGAAGUAUGGGUUUGGUGGCGUGCCCCGGCUGGUGGAUAUUAUCAGUGCUAUACCCGAUGACUAUAAGAAAGCUUUGCUGCCCAAACUCAAGGCACGUCCAAUCCGUACGGCGAGUGGGAUCGCUGUCGUCGCGGUGAUGUGUAAACCACAUCGAUGUCCACACAUCGCUAUGACUGGAAACAUAUGCGUCUAUUGUCCAGGAGGACCAGAUUCAGACUUUGACUAUAGCACACAAAGUUAUACCGGCUAUGAGCCUACUAGCAUGCGUGCCAUCCGUGCUCGUUAUGACCCGUACGAGCAAACUCGGGGACGGGUAGAACAGCUCAAGAGUCUGGGUCAUAACGUGGACAAGGUCGAAUUCAUUGUCAUGGGCGGCACGUUCAUGAGCAUGCCCGAGGACUACCGGAAUAAAUUCAUUGCACAAUUGCACAACGCCCUAUCGGGCUUCACCGGAUUCGAUGUUGACGAGGCCGUCAGAUAUUCCGAACAGAGCAAAUCAAAAGCAAUCGGUAUCACGAUUGAGACCCGACCCGACUACUGUCUAAGACCUCAUCUGAGUCAGAUGCUGCGUUACGGCUGUACCCGUUUGGAAAUUGGCGUUCAAUCCGUGUACGAAGACGUUGCUCGUGAUACUAAUCGCGGGCACACCGUCCGCGCAGUGUCGGAGUCCUUCCACCUUGCGAAAGAUGCAGGGUUCAAGGUUGUUGCGCACAUGAUGCCAGACCUCCCAAAUGUGGGCGUAGAGCGCGAUCUGGAGCAAUUCAAAGAAUACUUUGAAAAUCCAGCCUUCAGGAGUGAUGGGCUGAAGAUUUAUCCGACACUUGUCAUCAGAGGCACCGGACUCUAUGAAUUGUGGAGGACGGGGCGCUACAAAAACUACACGCCGAAUGUGCUCGUAGAUGUCGUGGCACGGAUCCUGGCGCUCGUCCCUCCGUGGACACGGGUGUACCGCGUGCAAAGGGACAUUCCCCUGCCCCUGGUUACGAGCGGCUGCGAAAAUUCCGGGAACCUCCGUGAGUUGGCCCUGAACCGCAUGAAGGACUUCGGCGCAGAGUGUCGUGAUGUACGAUUUCGCGAAGUCGGGAUCCAUGAGAUUCACCACAAGGUCCGCCCUGAGUCCGUUGAACUGCUCCGCCGAGACUACGCGGCCAACGGGGGCUGGGAGACCUUCCUGUCGUACGAAGACCCCGAACGUGAUAUCUUGAUUGGAUUGCUCCGUCUGCGAAAAUGCUCGGACGAGGGCACCUUCCGGCCUGAAUUAGUGAAGAAGGAAGGUGAAGAGGGUGGCUGUAGCAUCGUGCGCGAGCUGCACGUCUACGGAACCGCAGUACCGGUUCACGGGCGUGAUCCGACGAAAUUUCAGCACCAGGGCUUCGGCACACUUCUCAUGGAGGAAGCGGAACGAAUAGCGCGCGAAGAGCAUGGCAGUGUCAAGCUGGCCGUCAUUUCUGGCGUUGGCACUCGAGAUUAUUAUCGACGGCUCGGUUACGAGCUGGACGGACCAUACAUGAGCAAAUCCCUACUAUGA